AUGGCUCGAACACAGGGAAGAGUGAAAAGCUUCAACGGGGCCAAGGGCUUCGGGUUCAUCGACAUUGGCACAGGUACCGAUGUCUUCAUCCACAUCAAAGACUGCAUAGACGACAAGCAGCCCGUUCCUGGAGAUGUCCUUACCUUCUCGAUGGAGCCGAGCCAAUCCAAGCCGGGGCAGAUGGUUGCCAAGAGCGUGGAAGGUAGCACCGGCGUCAAGGAGAUGCCGCAGUUCCCAGCAGAGCCUGCUCCGGAGAUUCCCGGCUCGGGCGCGAACGUCGGCAAAGUGCGGACCUGGAACGACACCAAGGGCUACGGCUUCAUUGAUCUGCCCGGACAGCCGAAUGUUUGGCUGCACGUCAAGGAGUGUAUCAACACCCAGCCACAGCAAGGCGAUUGGGUCCGCUUCGACGUGCAGCCCAGUGAGACCAAGCCGGGACAGAUGGUCGCGAAGAAUGUCACUGGCGGAAGCCAGCCCUUGGGCCAACGUGGCUACGGCCCUGUGUCCAAUGGAGCUGGCACAGUUGCUGCGGCGGGGUACAGCCCGUACGGUGUUACUGGCCUGACAGCAGGUGCCUUGCAAGGGGUCGCGGGCUAUGCCGUACAAGUGCAGCAACCAGCCCUCACCGCUUUGCCCGGUGGCGGAUAUGUCCUGCAGCAGUCUUUGCCUGUACAGGCAGUGCCCCAACAGGGACUGCAGCAGGGCUUGUAUGGCGUGGCUGGCAUGCAGCAAUACGCCAUUCAGCAGCCGGGAGUGCAGCAGCUGCAGCAAUUCGCAGUCCAGCCGGGUCUGCAGCAGUUCGCGGUGCAGCCUGGCAUGCAGCAGUUCGCCCUGCAGCAACCGGGCGUGCAGCAAUUGCUGCAGCCUGGCAUGCAGCAGUACCUGCAACCCGCAAUGAUGCAGCAAUCUGUGGCGAUGCAGCAGCCGCUGAUGCAGCAACAGACGCUUCUUCAGCAACCGGCGGGCUUCCAGGACGCUGCCGCCGCUGGCUUACCUGUGAUGGCUGCCGAUCCUUCACAAGCCUUGCAGAUGGGAGCCCCCGCCGGAGCUCUGCCUGGUCCGAUCGAGGCACCGCCUGGCGAGGCUCCGCCGGUGCCACCCCCGCCUGAGGGGCUCGGGUUAGAAGCCUUGCCAGCAGCGCAAGAGGCCCUCCCGCCAACACCUGCACCAGAGGCUGUGCAGCCAGAGCCUGCCCUCCCGCCGGCACCCGCACCAGCAGAAGCGGCCGUGCAGCCUGGCGAUGCCAGCGUGGCAGCGGAACUUGCCGCCGUGGUCGGCAGCCCACCACCGCCCCCACCCGCAGAUGCCGCCACGCCACAAUGA